AUUCUUCUGAUCUACUCUCAAACAUCUGGGAGUGAAAGUCUUGGAAGAGGAUUUGGCGAUCACAUUCACUGGAGAACACUGGAUGAUGGGAAAAAGGAAGCUGAAGCCAGGCUGUAACAAGUGGGGUGCCACAAGGACCUGUUCUAGGCCUUCAGAUAACUGCAAUCGAUUUGAAUGAUUCUGAAGAGGGGACCGAGUGUAAUGUACCCAAGUUUGCUGACAAUACAAAGUGGCCUACCACUGAUGUUGAUUAUACACAAAAGCUGGUGUGGUGCAUGUAAAGCACUGAAACCAAAGUUUGCUGAUUCUAAGGAGAUCUCAGAACUGGCCCAUAACUUUGUCAUGGUGAAUAUGGAGGAUGAGGAGGAGCCAAAUGAUUCAGCCUUUAGCCCAGAUGGAGGAUACAUACCUAGGAUCUUAUUCUUGGAUGCUGGAGGUAAGGUUCAUCCAGAGAUCGUUAAUCAAAAUGGAAAUCCCAAAUACAAAUAUUUCUACAGUUCUGCUGACCAAGUGGUGUUCGCCAUGAAGGAAGCCCAGGAAAAGCUGACCGGUGAUAUAACUACAGAGCGUCGAAUUUCAGAUGAAUUUUGAGUUGACCAACCACUAGCAUCUGUACAUUAUCUGACAACAAAAGAGAACUUUAGAGCCUUGCCUGAUGCCAUUUACUGAUUUAAUAUUGUUAUAUUGUUUCACUUAAAUUUUGUGGUUUUAUUUACUGAUUUUUUUUUUCUUUUUAGUUCUUGAAUAAAUCUAGAAGCAUAAGAUUGAGAACACACAUCUUUGGAAGAUCAUGCCUGCACCAUUGUGGGAUAGCUAACUGAUGUUAAAUAAAUUGUAUUCUUAUGACAUUGCAUUAAUACCUGUAUUCUGAUUGCCCUGCUGGGCAACUAUUUUUAACCACUCAUUCACCUAUUUAUAUUUUUCAUUUGUCUGCAAAGUGUCACUCCAAGUGUCGUAGCAAGGAUGUUUCGUAAAUACACGUGGGUUGUAAAGUUAGGUGAAUUCCUGAGUUGGACAAUUUUUUUCAAAUGUCAAACAAAUGAUUGGUGCUAAAAAAUAAUCAGUGCAGUACGAAAAAAACAAUGUGCUUGUUAGAAUAUUUGUCAGAUUGCAUGAUGUAUUUGCCCAUGGAUACAUGCUACCUUUUCUCCAGGCUAAAAACUAUCUUGACAAAAGUUAUCAAUGUAGUUCAUUGACCAACCUAUUUGGGAAUUUUACUUGAAUAGCUUGGGAAAAGUCUGUAAAUCAUUCUGUCUCGUUUCCUAAGACUGACUUUGUUGAAACUCACCCUGUGAGAAUUUGAGCCUGAAUGUCAGUUGAUACUUAGAUGUUAACUCUGAAUUCUACAUCAGGAAUCUUAAUGGUUCUUGUAAAAAUCACUUGCACAUGUGAUUUUUCAAUUCAGGCAGCAGUUUUUGUAUAGUCACAGACCUUAAAAUUAUGUCAUGGUGUUACAAAUUUAAAAACAUUUUUGAUGUACUUCUCUGAAAUUCCUCCCUCUGCUCCUUUAGUACUGAAAGAUUUGGGUGAACUGGGAUGGGCGCCCUGGAAUUUGGCAGCACAGAACCCCUUGGUCUAGCAUCUCAGCAUUCCUGUAGAAAAGGAAAUCUGAUGGUUGGUAAACAUGGGAAAGGGAAAAAAUUAGCAUAUUGGCUUAUGUUAGAUUCUUGAUGCAUGUCAGCAGUGAGGGGAGGGAAAGCAUGAGCCUGAUAACAUUGCUGGGGAUGUGGUCUCAUUUCUGGCAGUGAUAGUUUGUAACUUUCCAACCCUUCCUAACUAGUUCAAUGCCUCUGCUAAAAUAAUAAAGAAGUUUCAGAUCCUCGUAACUUGCAUAAUUGCAAGAUCAUGUUUUUAAUAUUUUCCUCGCUGAUUUGAUUCUUUUGACCUCCUAAAUUUAAAAUAUUAUAUAUAGUUCUGCUAUCUGUUCCUUAUAGAAUUCUUCUGACAGAGGAGACUUCCCAGUAUCAGCACUUCUGAAUUCAAGGGGUUUGGAAAAUUCAAAAAGUUCCACUGAAACAGGAACUCUGAACAGUUGGCAGUCUCUAAGAAUGUAAGAAGCUGGGAUGCAGGGCCACAGGCCUGGAUUCAAACAAUGAAUAUUUAAGAUUAUUUUCACACUACUUUUGCAUUUUGCAUUACUUUUAUAGUUUGAAGUGCUGGAAGACUUUGUUUUGUUCUUAGAAUUGUAUUUUUUUAGCCAGAGUGAGCUUUAUAUUGUGUUCAAUGAACUUGUUAAUGGCUGUUAUUUAUAAUGCAGAAUGUUUCCAAAUUUCUAAUAGCAUUUUGGAUUCCGUUAUGGUGUCUUAUACGAGCAACCCCUGCACCCAAUUUCUAAACAGCAGAACCAUGCAGUACCUGUCUAUCUGAAGAAUUUAGAGAUGAUGUACUAUGAGGAAUUAUAAAAAUGAAGUUAAGAAUCAAGGAGCCGGUGUAAUUUUUGUACUUCCUUUGAAACUAUUUAAAUAGUGUCUUCUGUAUUGUUCAUGAAACAAAUCAGAGAUGGGCUUUUUAAGCCAAGCUUCCCCUUCCUAUUGGCCUAAUAUGAAGGGAUUUGUUGGCCUAUAGUUUAGUAGUGUACUGCAAUGCAGGAAGUUAAUUGAAAUUGGACUAAAUGUUUUCUCUAUUGUAUUUUUGAUACAUCUUUUGGAAUGGAAAAAUAUAAAACUAAAAGAAGUUUGGUAAA